GGCCGGCGGCGGCGGCGGCGGCGCGGCGGCGGCGGUGCGGCGCGACCCGAGGCGGCGGCAGGAGCAAUGGAGAUGCAGUCGUACUACACCAAGCUUUUGGGAGAGCUCAACGAGCAGCGGAAGAGGGACUUUUUCUGUGACUGCAGUAUUAUUGUGGAGGGGAGGAUCUUCAAAGCACACAAAAACAUUUUAUUUGCAAACAGUGGCUAUUUCAGAGCCUUACUGAUUCAUUACAUCCAAGACAGCGGACGACACAGCACUGCUUCUUUGGACAUUGUCACGUCAGAGGCCUUCUCCGUCAUCUUAGAUUUCCUUUAUUCAGGGAAGCUAGAUCUCUGUGGGGAAAAUGUUAUUGAGGUCAUGUCUGCAGCUAGCUAUUUGCAGAUGACUGAUGUGGUCAACUUCUGCAAAACAUAUAUAAGGUCAUCAUUAGAUAUUUGCAGAAAAAUAGAGCGAGAAGCUGCUUUUUAUCAGGCCGAUAGUGGGAGUGCUAGUUCUGCAAGAGAGGGCACCUCUUAUGGUUCAAAGAGCCAGGGUUCUGCCUCUGUCUCUUCUCUGCAAGAAAAGGAAAGGAUUUCAGGUUGUCAGAGAGAUCCUCCCUGUGGCGAAUGCAGCAGCUGCCAUCCCUUGGAGCUCGUGGUGAGAGACCCCGUAAGCAGUGACUCUCCAGAUGACGUUAAUUCUUCACUGCCCAAGGGGGUAGAACCUAAAGUAGAGUUUGACCCAGAUGGAGUAGAGGUAGAAGUGGGGGAACGUCUGCAGCAGUAUCCAACUCCGUUGUCCCUUGAGCAGAUGGAAGAGGGGCUGCACAGUGGGCAGGCGAUGGACCUGGCCUGCAAUAACUAUCACAUGAAACAAUUUCUUGAGGCCCUGUUGCGCAACAGCACAGCUCAGAGAAAGGACGAUGUGGUUCACCACUUUGUUCGGGGCUUUGAGGGUAGGCCAGAGGAUGCAGGGGUAGCCAUGAGUUCCAUGAUGGACAUUCACAGCGACUGGUAUGGUGAGGACACAGGUGAUGUGUUAGUUGUGCCAAUCAAGCUUCACAAAUGUCCAUUCUGUCCCUACACGGCUAAACAGAAAGGAAUACUAAAACGACACAUUCGCUCUCACACGGGUGAGAGACCCUACCCCUGUGAGACAUGUGGAAAACGUUUCACUCGGCAAGAACACCUUCGGAGUCAUGCUUUAAGUGUGCAUCGAUCAAACAAGCCAAUUAUCUGCAAAGGUUGCAGAAGAACGUUCACAAGUAGCAUGUCUCAAGGAUUACGACGCUUUGGCUUGUGUGACAGCUGCACGUGUGUGACCACUACACAUGAGGACUCGAUGCCUAUUAAUCUCAGCCUAAUGGAACCUUCCUCAGAAGGCCAAGAGAAGGGUGAUACAGAUAAUGAUUGGCCCAUAUAUGUGGAGUCUGGAGAGGAAAAUGAUCCAGCCGAUGAUGAUGAUGCCGAUGGUGAUGAUAAACAGGAAAUCCACAGGAGCUUAUCAGAUCGAGAAAUGCUUAUGUAGCAGUGAGAUGAGAGUGGGAGCAUUUAAAGCAUCUCCCUGACACUCAGUGGUCAGAGUGGUCAGUCUGCAAUGGAAAACUGGGUAUUUGUCCUGUUAGUAAGACUAUACUGUUUUUUUAUCAUUCCAUUUUUAAAAGAACAGUGAGGAGAACUGGAUUUUUUUUUAUAUUUUUAAGUUUUCAGUGCUGUGCACCAUAAUUUUUUGGAGAAUCUUCUGUCUAGGGUUCACAGAGGUUGUACUUGAAUAAUCUCCUGUUGUGUCUCUGCAUCCCAGGUUUAAGGAAGAAGCAGCACAUUUUGCAAGUGGAACAAUUCUGUGUUAUUUUGAUACCAGGUUUCUUCCAGUACUGCUGUCAUAGUCCUUAAUCCCUGAUCUUAAACAGGCACGGUCUUCUCUCUGAAAAGAGAUGUAGGUUAAAAGAAAUGUACUUUUCAUCCAUUACCUUGGACUUUUCCAAACUAAACUGUGAUCU